UGGGGUUUUGAACAGAAAGAGAGAGAGAAAAUGUAAAAACAUUCAAACCCAAAAAAAAAAAUUGUAUAGAAAAACGGAAAAUCCGUAAGAAUCGUUUAUCUUCUGUUGUGAAAUCAUCAGAUUAGGGUUUUCACGUGAUUGAAAAACAUUAGAAGAAAAAAAUUAGAAUUGAGGGGGAAAAAACUAUGUUUUUGCUUGGAUUAACAGCAUUUUUCUCGUGAAAUCAAUUUUUUUAAUGCGGCAUUAACGGAUCUAUGUGAAGAAGAGAUGAAUUAAUAAAAGAAUUGGAUUCAGAAAGAAUAUAGGGUUGUUGUUUUUGGAGGUGGUUGGAAGAUAUGCAGAUUGAUAGAAGUAGGAGGAAUGGAAACCAUCAUUUAUGUGUUUCAGAUUAUUUUAUAGAUCGAAAUUCGUCUUUCAUUGAUAAAGAUAGUUACAAUAUUAAUAACAAUAAUCUAUCAAUGUCAUCAUCAUCACCACCAUCUAGUCUUUUGUUGAUUCCUUCAACAGGGGGAUUGAAUUCUAAUUGUGGUAAUGGUAAUGCUAAUUAUAUUGAACAUAUGGUUUCUAAAAUGGAUACACUUGCUGGUGUUGCGAUCAAGUAUGGUGUUGAGGUGGCAGACAUUAAACGGAUGAAUGGUUUGGUCACCGAUCUUCAGAUGUUCGGUCUCAAAUCACUGCAUAUACCAUUACCUGGAAGACAUCCUCCAUCCUCUAGUCUGUCAAAUGAUUCUCCUACUCACAGUGAUAGCAGUACCGAUCACUCUCCAUCCCGCCGGACGGUUCACGAACAGAUCUUGGAAUCUUUACAGUCCCUCAAGCUGAAGCCAGAUCAACCAAGAAUUUCUUCAGCCAUGAGCAGUUUACAAGGCUAUUAUGGCCUCAAAUCUCCAAAUCACAAACUAGUAGAAACUGAAAUGUCAGUUUACAGAACAGGCAAAGCUCAUUACUUGGAAGAUGAAACACAACCCAAAACUCCUUCAAGCUUGCAUCGGAAAUCUAGGAGCUUAGUUAAUACCAUAUUAGCAGAGAACACAAACUUGGGCGAGGAUGUACCAGUAGGUCAUCCAGAUAAAUUUGUUCGCCGGCGUCAAAAAGCAGAUACGGAUUGUAAUCCCCGUACCCCAGAAACACUACUGAAGGUAGAUAACAGUGGCGGAAGUGGGUUUUCAGCAACAGCAGGAAAAGGUCUAGCUUUACGGCCAAAAUCAACGAACCGACUUGCCCCAACAUCAGAUAUCGAUUCAAGCUGGUUGACGCCUAUUUCAGUUGGAUUUGGGGAUACCCCCGUGGUCAACGGAUCUGCUGCAGUUCGCAAAUCAUCGAGCACGUCAAAUUUGCACGAGCAAGAAACAUUUGUUUGGCCGACUUCUAGACGGACUUCCACAACUGCAGCUAGCAAUAGACCAAUAUUUGAUGGCUUGCCAAAACCAGCUACUGGAAGGCGAAACAAAGCAGCUCUUGAUUAAACAAUCCCAUAUUACAAUCUCAAGGACUUUAGGCUAUUUUAUUCUUUCUAUAUUCUCAUCUCCGUACAGAAAAGUCAAAGACCUUUAUAUAUGGCCUUUCAGCAAGCAAGGCUAAUACAGUACAUAGCAGAAAAGGAAAACAACAGGAGUCAGUUAAUAAGGGAGGAUGAAGAAGUUCUUCCAUUUUCGAGUAACUCUAGGUACUGCUGAUAAAGGUGGUAUGUAACUAUUAACCCAACCUUUCUAUGGCUUCCCCGUUUUGAACUAUAUUAGUGUAUUUCUAGCAGAUAUUUAUUUUCCUCCCAAACCUGGGCUAGUAUUUCAGCUGCCAUAGGAAGAUACGUUUGAAAUGCAAUCAGUUUCUUUGUUUAACCCACUUUUAAGUUGCACCAAAACUGCUUAGAGAAAGCGUAUACUGUAACUAGGUUGCUACCCAACAUUCUUCACAUUGAUUUUUUUUUUGUAUUUAUUAUAUCAUUUGCUUCUUAUUUGAAACUGUUUGGUAGCCGUGCAGUCAAAAUACUUGCAUAGCAAAAGCAUUUUGUAUUAGAUAUGAAACGAAGACGAAUUUCUAUACAGUCAUGAUUUUAUCUGGUA